GGGGGAAGUCCAAUUUUCGCAUGCCUCCUGCGCCACUUCUCUUCGCAUCAUCUUCGUCCUCCCGCUGCUGGGAACUCUCUCUCUCUCUCUCUCUGUGCUGGCCGAUAUCAGAGAGAAGCCCUAGACCGCCAUAUCCAACACCCGAACCCCUCCGCCGGAUUCCUCUGCAAACCCCCUCAAGAAACACCCAGAAAGGCGGCCGGCUCACCGGAACCGGGGAGAGAGAAUGUCGAAGAAGAAAGCCGGGGGUAGCACUAUGACGCUCAAGGACUUCCAUGGCGGCUCCAUCCCUUCCGAUCUCCCCCUCCCCUCCGCUCCCGGCUCGCCUGUGAGGCCGUCGGACCGCCCGGGUUAUGACCGUCCUGCUUCAUGGGGCAACCCUGCUGGCCGAUCUGAUCUCAGGUCUCGACUCAAUACCGGGACUAGGAAUUUUGAUGACAAGACCCCUUUUCUCACCCCUAUUGGCCGUAAUUUCGACGAGGAUGAACGGAAGCCUCUUGAUGGGGUAUCAGCCCCUCGGCGAAUGAUCAGCGAUGACAGCUUUCGGGCCUCUGCUGGACGUUUGGAGCUGAAGCCCCAGCAAUUCUCGCCAGGGAGACCAUUGGGGCAACAGGGGCCAGCUCAGGUUUCGCCAUUGCCGAGUCAGAUUUCUUAUUCGGGGAGAGUUUCUGGGGGUCAGCCUGGGAGUGUUGGUUCUCAGAAUGUGUACGCAAAUAGUGGGCCGGGGGUAACGGGGUCUGUCACCAACCCAUGGGCAACAAGGAAGGAGCCUACAGGUGUUGCUGAAUCAGUUCAACCUGCAUGGUCUGCAUCAAGUGCUACUUCAAAGCUGAUUCAUGCUAGUGCACUCGAGAAGGUUUCAUCGGGCAGAUGGCAGUCUAAACAAUCAAUCCCACAUGAGGCAGAUGUGGAAGUUAUCAAACAUGCUGAAGAACCUGGAUUGACUUCCAAGGGCUAUGAUGAUGCCAAGUACAGCAGCAGGGUUGAUGCAGUGGGAGUGAGGGAAUAUGUUGACGGAGCAUUGCCUAGGCAGAUGGAGAGGAGUCUUACUAUUGGUGAAGGGGUUCGUGGUGCUAGAAGAGAGAUGUCAGAUGGUGAAAUGCGUGAAGAGCCUUUUUAUUCUGAUGAGAAAGAAAGGAAUGCAGUUAUUUAUGGUGAAGCAUAUCAACUGGGGCAUGCAGAGGGUAGAAUUGUUCGGCCAGAGUUCCAGCGUCCAAUGUCUGCAGAAGCUGUGGAGAGACCGAGAUUGAGGCUUCUUCCUCGGACAAAGCCAGUGGAGAACCCUGAACAACCAUUUGCUGAGCUUAAGCAGAGGCCGGAAUCUGCUCAUUCUGAAAACAUCAGCGCACCUGGUGUGGAGAGUGGAAGUCAGACAGUAGAGCGGCCAAAGUUGAAUCUAAAACCAAGAUCACAGCCAGUUGAACACUCGGAAGGGAUUGCUGAUCGGGAUAGGAGUUCAGUCUUUGGUGGUGCUCGUCCACGGGAGCUGGUUCUAAAGGCGAGAGGAGUUGAUGAUGUCAACAUCGACAACUAUGAUUUGGGCCAAAGUUCUGAGAGGGCUAAACAAGUUGGCACAAAAACUGAGCGGGCCCCUGGGAAUGUGACACCUACCCACUACGGUGAGAAAUCCGAGAGGCUCUCUGUGGAUCAGAGAAAUGGACGAAAAUUUGAGAGGAAGGACCAGCAGGCAGAAGAUAGAAGUGAUGCACAGAGGAGGAACUGGCGAAAUGAGAACAGGAGGAACACGAGGGACAACACAGACAGGCAGCAGCAGCAGCAGCAUCACCACAACCAGCAGGAGCGGCGACCUUCUCCUGAGAUCUGGCGAAAGCCAAUAAUGGAUGAGCCGAAUUCCCAAUCUCCUGAGCCAGGGGUGAGGUUUGGGAAAGCGGCCUCAGCUGCUGAGCUGGCACAAGCGUUCUCUCGGCCUUAUUCAGCCCCAAAGGCUCCCGAUCAGUUGAGGACCUUCCAGGGACAGAGCCAGGGACAGAUACCUUUUUCCAGACUCACAGGCCAAGCACCUCGAACACAGAUCAAUGGGUACUAAGAAAGGUGUGCGUGUACGAGGUCUCCUCUGAUUUGGCACUGUUUGGUGUCUGGAGUAGGAUUGAAUUUUGUGCAAUGUGGAGAGUUGGGCCUAAAUGGGUGGGCGUCAUUUAGAGUUAUUUUGAGGUCUCUCCCUUUCUAUCAUGUUUAUUGAAAGGACAAGUGGGUUAACUGGAUGCACUGGUUACUAUACUGUCUGAUGCCCUAUUUUCGGGCUUAUUAGGCUUUACUUGAUGUAGUGGCAAUUGAUUUGCUCGAUUACAAACGGAAGUUACAAUCAGUCGCCAAAAUCUAUGUGUUGGACGAGCUGCUUCUAAGUUAUCUCGAGGAAUGAAAUGUUGAGCCAGUUGGACUAA